CCAGGAGCUUUGCUGGGCCCUCAGGGCUGGUCUGCAGGAUGACACGCGGUGGGGUUUAUCGGCAGGGCUUGGGCAUGAGUUAAGACAGGAUUGCAGACUCUGGACAGACUCCGAGGCAGGCUUCUGGAUGGUCUGGGAGAGGAGGUGACUUAGGCGUCAGCUGAGACAGGGUUGGGCUGGGGGCUCCUGGCUGACGCUGCAGGCUUAGUUGGGCAGAUCCUGGGGAUGGGUCCAAGAGGGUGGGGUGCUCCUGGCUCUCUUUUCUUCCCAGCUCCCCUCUCCGAGGACCUGUGCCCAUGAGUACCAAGCGUCGCCUGGAGGAGGAGCAGCUGCCUGCCUCCUCGUCUCUCCCCAGGGAGCCCCUGCGCAAGCAGUUCCUGUCUGAGGAGAACAUGGUCACCCAUUUCUCUAGACUCAGCCUGCACAAUGACCACCCUUACUGCAGCCCCCCCAUGGCUUUCCCCCCAGCUCUGCCCCCACUCAGAAGCCCUUGCUCUGAGCUGCUUCUCUGGUGCUACCCUGGGAACCUGAUCCCUGAGGCGCUCCGGUUGCUGAGGCUGGGGGACACCCCCAGCCCCCACUAUCCUGCAACCCCAGCUGGGGACAUAAUGGAGCUCUGAGUACUGGGGGGCAGUGCCCCUGCCCACCUUCCUUCUUCCCCACAGCAGGGGAGGCCAGCACUCCCACGAAGGGAGCAGCUGCCCUGCUUUUCCUCCAGACCAGGCCUCUGGGCACCAGGACCUUCCCCCAACAGAGGACACUGAGCCCCACGGAGCCCUGGGGUGGGAGGCGCAGGAGCAUGGGAAGGGAGCCGUCCCCUCCCCAGAGAACUGAAUAAAGAUUGCUGAGCAAAUGAAGGCU